GGAGGCGUGGUCUUCUCAAUAUUCCAUUCUCCCUUUCCCCGCAAAAUUCAUCUUUCUGCGUUCCUUUUUCACACGCAACAUCUACUAUAUAAACCUCAUACUAUUUCAUUUUUCUAUUCAUUUCUUCUUCUUCAGCUCACGCAUUCAAUCGCUGUAAUCUUAUUUUUUUAUAAUUAUUUGUAAAUUUUAAAUAAUUUUACAAUUUAAUGGAGGUGUCAUGUUCACCGCCGCUCUCUGUCAAUUGCGUGCUGAAUUCCGGUCCGAUCCGGCGCGUUCCUGCAUCCGCCGCUCACCACCGCUGCAAUAAAGUAGUAGCCUUUUCCCCAAAUUGCCCUCCCCCCGCUGCCGCCACUUCUACUGCUUGCAGCACCAGCACCAGCUAUUCUUCCUCCUAUUUCGGAGUUUCGCUUGCUCAAAAUUGUGGAUUGAAUCGGAAUUACACAGGUGCUCUGAAGAAGCCGAGGCGGCGUUCGUUUUUCGUGGUUUCAGGAAUCUUCGAGAGGUUCACGGAGAGAUCGAUCAAGGCGGUGAUGUUCUCGCAGAGGGAAGCUAAGGCUAUGGGCAAGGACAUGGUGCACACGCAGCACCUCUUGCUAGGCCUCGUUGCAGAGGAUCGCGACUCCGGUGGAUUUUUGGGAUCUGGCAUCACCAUUGAUGCUGCACGAGCUGCUGUGCAGAGCUUGUGGGAGGAAGAUAAUCAGAAAGAUGGGGAUGGGGAGACUUUGCAACAGUCUGAGACGUCAGCUACGGAUGUGGCGUUUUCUGCUAGCACCAAGCGCGUGUUUGAGGCUGCAGUUGAGUACUCCAAGACUAUGGGGUAUUAUUACAUAGCACCUGAGCAUAUCGCAGUUGGAUUGUUCACCGUUGAUGAUGGCAAUGCUAGCCGUGUGCUUAAGAGAUUAGGUGUGAAUGUGAACCAUUUGGCAACAGUGGCAGUCUCCAGACUUCAAGGAGAGCUCGCCAAAGAGGGAAGAGAACCAGCUUCCACUGCAUUCAAAAGGCUACAGGGAAACAUCUUUCCUGAGAAAAUCAAUCAAGCAAACUCUCCUGCAAAGGAAACAGAGAAAAAAGCUCUUGACCUAUUCUGUGUGGAUCUCACUUCCCGUGCUAGCCAGGGAUCUAUUGAUCCUGUAAUUGGCCGAGAUACUGAAUUACAGAGAGUCAUUCAAAUUCUUUGCCGAAGAACCAAGAGUAAUCCAAUUCUUCUUGGUGAAGCUGGGGUUGGAAAGACAGCUAUUGCAGAAGGACUGGCUCUACAUAUUGCUGAUGGGACCGUUCCCUUAUUUCUAAUGGAAAAGCGUAUAUUGUCUUUGGAUAUAGGUCUCCUAAUAGCAGGUGCAAAGGAGAGGGGGGAGUUAGAGGGGCGUGUGACCAUGUUAAUAAAAGAGAUUCAAAAGUCAGGAAAUAUAAUUUUAUUUAUUGAUGAGGUCCACACGCUUAUUGGUUCUGGCACAGUUGGACGAGGAAAUAAAGGUUCUGGUCUUGAUAUAGCCAAUCUAUUGAAACCAUCACUUGGACGGAGUGAAUUCCAGUGUAUUGCAUCAACA